AUGUCAGGAAACCCAGGCACUCUCCGCGGCGGUCGUAGCCAGGGGCGCGGCUCAAUCCCCUUUGCCAACAGCCCCGGCAGCACCCCCGAUAGGCAUUCGGCGAGCGCGGGGCACUCAGGCCACUCGGCGCACCCGGGGCAGUCGUCCGCCAUCCCCCGGCCCGUGCUCGAGAAUACACCUACACCCAGCAGCGAGGUGGGCGCCUCGGCUCUCAGCACAAGUCGCCAGAAGCAGUCCAAGAGAGAUGAGGCUAUUCGCCGGAAGAUGGAGAAUGAUCUCUCCAAGAAGAAGCACCUGACGAACCGCGCCCGCCAGUCUCGUAAGGCCCCGCCGGGCACCGUUCUCGCCCUCAAACCGAGCCAGGCCCUCCAGAUCAAGCCGCAGACCACCGUUGCCGAGGCUGCCCAGUUGAUGGCAGCCAAGCGUGAGGACUGCGUGCUGGUUACUGAUGACGAUGACCGCAUUGCCGGUAUCUUCACCGCCAAGGAUCUUGCGUUCCGUGUUGUGGGCGCAGGACUGAAGCCGACCCACGUUACAAUCGCGGACAUUAUGACCAAGAACCCGCUGUGUGCCCGGACAGAUACAAGUGCUACCGAUGCGCUGGACCUGAUGGUCCGCAAGGGUUUCCGCCAUCUCCCUGUUAUGGACGAGAACCAAGACAUUUCCGGUGUGUUGGAUAUUACGAAGUGUUUCUACGACGCCAUGGAGAAGCUCGAGCGUGCCUACUCUUCCUCGAGGAAGCUUUACGACGCCCUCGAGGGUGUCCAGUCUGAGCUCGGAACCAGCCAACCCCAGCAAAUCAUCCAAUACGUAGAGGCCUUGCGGUCCAAGAUGUCCGGCCCUACGUUGGAGUCGGUGCUCAACGGAAUGCCGCCCACAACCGUGAGCGUGCGGACUUCGGUCAAGGAAGCGGCACAAAUGAUGAAGGAGAACCACACCACUGCGGUCUUGGUAACGGACCAGGGCUCUAUUACGGGUAUUUUCACUAGCAAGGACGUCGUCCUCCGUGUGAUUGCCCCGGGCCUCGACCCAGCGACGUGUAGUGUUGUCCGUGUAAUGACACCACACCCCGACUUUGCCCCCAUGGAUAUGAGCAUCCAGGCGGCCCUGCGCAAGAUGCAUGAUGGCCACUACCUCAACCUCCCGGUCAUGAACGACGGCGGCGAGAUCGUCGGUAUGGUCGACGUCCUCAAGCUCACAUAUGCCACGCUAGAGCAGAUUAACACUAUGGGCACGGGCGACAGUGAAGGCCCCGCGUGGAAUAAGUUCUGGCUCUCUCUUGACCACGAAACCGAAUCCAUGGUUUCUGGAGACGGCUCGCACCAUCACACACAUCCUACCCGAUCGCUGAUGUCUCCCGACACCAUGCGUAGCGAGCGCCACUUGACAGAUAGUGUUGCGCCUGGUGACUCCGCCAGCCAUGUCGGUGUCGAAUCCCCCCACCAUAGCGCUAUCGGAAUCACUACCCCCGAACUUUCUCCCGCUGAGACCCCAUUCCCCUUCAAGUUCAAAGCCCCGAGCGGCCGCGUGCACCGACUCCAAGUGACCGCCGCCCAUGGCAUGGCUGAGUUUGUCGCCCACGUUACCUCCAAGCUUGGCUCUGAGGUUGACGCCGUCGGUGGUGCUCCCGUCCUUGAGGAUGGCGAAGUGUCAGGAGGAUAUGCUCUCAGCUACCUCGACAACGAUGGCGACACCGUGUCUAUCACGACCGAUGAGGAUCUUCUCGAAGCCAUCAUCCUCGCCCGCCGGAGCCACCGCGACAAGGUGGACCUCUUUGUGCACGAUCCUAAAGAACCCCCCGUCGCCCCUGCCCCAGAGCCUGCUGCCCUUCCCACCCCGCCGGUAUCCUCCGUUGUCCGUGAGAGGCGCCGGCAUGCGCACGAUGAUGAGGACGAGAGCAACUCAGAGGAAAGUGAGGACUCGGAUGACGAUGCUUCGUUGCACGGGCGCCGUCAUAGGCAUGGGCGUUCGCGAACUGGGCAUCACCAUCACCACCACCAGCAGGCGCAGCAGGAGCUGGUCGCGGGUGUGCCGAAUGAGUUGUUGCUUCCAGGCGCGAUUGCGGUACUAGCGGUGGUUAUUGUGGGCGUGUUUACGCUUUCGAGAUUGUCUUGCUCGGCCCGCCAAUCCUCACCAUCGUCUGGACCACAUGAUUCUAACAUUAGUAUUCCCGCCAUGAUUCUCAGGAAUUUUGGCGCACGGUAUGGCCGCCGGGCGCUGGCAGCACCGAUCUCCCGACCAUGUGUUCGACCGUUAUCCCAGUCCAUAGCAAGGGCAUUCGCAGCGCCAACAACGACAGAUACAGCAGCGCCGACCGUCGAUGAUUCCCUUCAAGGAACCAGCAAUAACCAUGCAUUUACUACCGCCAAGGAAACCUCCCGGCUGGAACGGCUCGCCGAAAUCGAAGCCAACUACCACGAGUAUGAGCGACAGCGAGCGGUCACCCAUAACAUCGGCUCCCGUGUCGAGUCCCGCUACCAUCCGGACCAGUACCUUCUCGACCCCCCGUCGGACGCGACACUCGAGAUGCUGAUGGCCGCCCAAUGCCACAUGGGCCACCACGUAUCGCAGUGGAACCCGGGCAACCAGCGCUAUAUCUACGGCGAACGCGCGGGAAUCCAUAUCAUCAGCCUAGAAACGAUACAGGCACACCUACGGCGAGCCGCCCGUGUGGUUGAGGAGGUUUCCUACCACGGGGGGUUGGUCCUGAUUGCUGGCACGCGCGAUGGCCACAUGCCGAUCGUCGUUCGAGCAGCAGAGCUAGCGGGUGCAUGUCACUUGUUCCAACGGUGGACACCGGGUGCGAUUACAAAUCGGGAUGUGAUUUUGGCCGGCGCGCCGCUGAAGAUUGUGGGCGCGCAAGACCAAGAGAUAGAAGGAUUCGGGGACCAUGUCCGCGACCGCCGGCCGAUCGCGCCGGAUUUGGUGGUUUGCCUCAACCCGCUGGAGAAUGAGGUGUUGUUGCAUGAGUGUGGUGUGGCGAACAUUCCGACGAUUGGGGUCAUUGACACCGAUGCUGACCCAACUUGGGUGACGUACCAAAUCCCAGCUAACGACGAUAGUUUGCGGUCCAUCACUCUCCUCGCUGGGGUUCUCGGCCGGGCAGGGCAGCGUGGACAAGCACGGAGACUAGCAAAGGCCCGUGACGGGCUUCUAACCUGGCAAACGCCUUCUGACGUGCAGAAAUAUAUCGAUAGCGAUGCCCAUGAGAAGGCAAGGGCGGCGAGCAAGGCAAAGGCGGCUGCCGAGGAGGCGGGCAUAUUAGAGGAGAAACCGCUCCAAAGGGAAGACUUCAUGACCGACGAGGAGCUUUUGCGGGAGAUCACGGGCAUGCCGGGACAACCUCCUGAGAAGCUAUAA